ACCAAACACCAAACACCAAACACCAACCACCAGACACCAACGAAAUUCCCAUUCAAUUCGCACGCAAAGCAUCAGCGCGACGACAGAUUUCCAAAAACUAGUAUAUAAAUACUAUAGAUACCAAUAAAAAACGCGCAGGAAGAUACGAUAUGGAUUACCAGAACCGUGCCGGCUCCAAGUUCGGCGGCGGCGGUGUCGCCUCGCACAGCGCUACUAAUGCCGACCGACGAGAGCGUCUACGCAAGCUCGCCCUCGAAACUAUCGACCUCGACAAGGACCCCUACUUCUUCAAGAACCACGUCGGCUCGUUCGAAUGCCGUCUCUGUCUAACCGUGCACCAAAACGACGGGUCCUACCUCGCGCACACCCAGGGCAAGAAACAUCAGACGAACCUGGCGCGCCGCGCGGCCCGCGAGCAGAAAGAAGGCAAGAGCCAAAUCGACCCCAACACGGGGCUGCCCGUGGGCGUGGUGGGCGCGGGCUUCGGGGCGGGCAUGGUGCGGCGCAACAUGGUCAAGAUCGGGCGGCCGGGGUACAAGAUCACGAAAGUGCGGGACCAGGUGUCGCUGCAGCAAGGGCUGCUGUUCCAGCUGCAGUACCCGGAGAUCGCGCAGGACGUGACGCCCAAGGUGCGGUUCAUGAGCGCGUUCGAGCAGCGCGUCGAGGAGCCGCCCGACAAGAGCUUCCAGUACAUGCUGGUGGCGGCGGAGCCGUACGAGACGUGCGGGUUCAAGCUGCAGGCGAGGGAGAUCGACCGCUCGGGAGAUCGGUACUGGACUUGGUGGGAUGCGGAUCUGAAGGAGUUUUGGAUCCAGGUUAUGUUUUUGACGGAGCGGGAGGAGAGGUAUGUUGGCGUGCCGGGGUUGCCGGGUCGGAGGUGAUUGGUUUGUGUUGUGGUUGGAGAAUACCCAGUGCUGGGGAAGAGGGGGAAAUACAGUUGAAGGUAAUAGUCCGGCCUUGACGAUAAUUAUACGCUUUCUCGAUUGCUUUUCCGAUCAUGUUAAGCCCCUGGUUAGCACCCGAGAAACCCGUUUCCCGCCUGUGUAAGUGGCUUAUUCAAGGAAUACCCUUGGGAGGACGUGGGUGACGCCGUUAUGUACUAAUACGAAAUAGACCUACAUCGAUGAUAUUCCCUACGUCGUGUUUAAGGCUUAGGGAACAGGUACCAGAUAAGAAGAAUGAUAUCACGUAGUACCAAUAGCGAAAGUUCAUGGGAUAGAGUCAAUUAUCCGACCGCGUCGUUGAAUUCAACUUGCAUGUAUGAAAGGCUCCCGUGAAGUUAUCCAGUGACUUGGACUUAUAUGAUUACCUAUAUAUAGGAAUUACAUUUCAUUCAUGAUAAAGCUCAACUCAAAGCCGGGUCUGCAAUAUCAAGUUGGUGAAGCAGGCCAUGAUAAUGUAGUUAAUUCAGUAUC